CUCAAAAGAGGCUUGUAUGUUCCUGUUACGCAACCGGGUUUGGGAGAGAUUUGUUUUUGAUCGAGAGUCGCAUCGGCAGGGAGAGUUUGCUCAUGUGCUCAACGGAAAACCCGGAGACUUAGUGCCCAGAGUUCCACUCCAGUGAUUCCUUUAUGAGAUCGUGGUGGGGUUGACCCUCGACUGAAUAGCGACGCGGUUUGGUGAGCAAACAGCGAGGCCGGUUUCAGCAUCCAGCCACUCGCAGCCAGCCAGCUCAGCCUAGCCAGCCUUGUGUGUAUUCAUUCCAUUUCAUUCAUGGCUGGAGGUGCAGUAUAGACGUGGUCUGGUAGAACUCUUUUCAUCUUCCUCUUCUAGGCUUUCUCUUCUGGGUUGUUUUGUUAUCUCUCUUUGGUCGCAACGGCUUCGCAGACAAGAACUACCGGUACUACUGUAUAUUCAGCAGUUGCAUGUAAAGUCGCGUGUACGCUCAUUCACAACCAAUUUGUUUGUGUGUGCAUACAUGCGUCGUGAGCUGUGACACAGCGAGUUCGGGAUUCCCAACUCUCCCCUGGAUUUUUUUUGGUUCGUGUGCGUGCCAAGCGACCGAGAGACAAUCCCCAUCUUGGCAUCGAGUGAUCGUGGUAGCACACCCUCAUUGCUGAACCCACCUGUCGUAUUAUUAAGUCUCUGCAACUGGGGGUGACUCCACGAAAAACGCUGCACCUAUGUACUUCGUCGAUCCGUACGCGGGUGGCGAGAUGAUUCUAGCACCCAGUGGGGCUCCAUAUGGGACUGUACCAGUGAUGGCGGUACCCCAGAGCCACCCCACAGCUAGUUAUGUCUACAGCUCAUCCACUAGGAAACGAGGCUUGCGGGGCUCUGACGAGUUGUUCACAGCCAACGGCACAGCCACUAAUCCCCUUGUCGCCUCCAACUUCGGCGGAGGCGAUUCACCUAUUAACGAUGCCAAAAAGGUGAAGAGGGAGGCGGCGCCCCCAUCUCGCGUGGUCCACAUCCGCAACCUAGCUCCCGACGUGAACGAGGCCGAGGUGGUCAGCUUAGGCGCGCCGUUUGGGAACAUCAGCAAAGUCCUGUGCAUCAGAAACAAAGGCCAGGCCUUCAUAGAGCUAGCGGACGUCAGCCAAUCAACCAAGAUGAUUGCCUACUACAACCAGGUCCAGACAAACCUUCACGGCAAGCCGGUCUUUGUCCAGUUCUCUGACCACCAGGAACUGAAGACAGAUAACUCCCCAGCACAUCAGGAUACCACUGUGGGAAGUUAUAAGUCGCAAUAUCACGCCACGACGGUGGCGGUACAGGCUGCCCUGGCUGCUGUCAACGCUGUGCUAAACAGCCCCUCCUCUGCCGGGGGUCUUCUUUCUGAUAGCGACUCCUCUCCUGGCUCUCUGGACAAGAACACUGUCUCUUGCGUAGCGGCCCAGGCGGCGUUGCAGGCCACCCAUGCCCUCCUGCCCCAGCACCAGCUCUCAAGCAGCCACCUGCAUAAGGUAGCCGACAGCCCCGGUGGACCACAGCACGUCCUGCGGGCCGUCAUCGAGCACAUGAUCUACCCGGUCAACGUGGACACAUUACACCAAAUCUUCUCCAAGUACGGCACGGUGCUCAAGAUUGUCACCUUCACCAAAAACAAUGUUUUCCAGGCCCUUAUUCAGUUCAGCAACAGCAGUGAAGCAACACAGGCCAAAAGUGCCUUAGAUGGACAGAAUAUCUACAAUGCCUGUUGUACCCUGCACAUUGAGUUCUCCAAGCUGCCUGCCUUGGUGGUCAAGUACAAUAACGAAAAGAGCCGGGACUACACCCGAGAUCUGCCAACAGGGGACAGUAUCGGUGCCCAGGAUGGGUUGGCAGGAUUAGGGGGACAUGGGAUGAUGCCUAAUGCAUUGACACAGAUGGCCACGCUGGGCACGUCGCCGUUUAGUCCGACAGCGGCCACGCUAGCGGGCUUUCCAACGGCAGCAGUCCCAGGUCUUGGCAGUGCCUUCAUCGGCGGCAACUUGCAGCACAACGCUGCGGCUGCGGCCUUCCGUUUCCAGAACACCCUCGCAAUGCAAGGCUUACACGGCAUGCACGGCAUGCAGGGCAUGCAGGGCAUGCAAGGCAUGCAGGGCAUGCAGGGAAUGCAGAACAUGCAAGGAACGCCAGUACUCUUGGUCAGCAACCUCAACACGGAACUGGUCACACCUCAGGCUCUCUUUACCCUCUUUGGGGUUUACGGUGAUGUGAGGCGAGUCAAGAUUCUCUAUGAGAAGAGAGACAAUGCUCUCAUUCAAAUGGCUGAUCCCCAUCAGUCCCAGACAGCCUUGGCCAAUCUGAACGGUAUCAAGUUGUACACCAAACAGCUGAGAGUGGCGCCCUCCAAGUACCGCGAGGUGGCCAUGCCGAGAGAAGGCCAACCGGAUGCGGGCCUGACAAAAGACUACGGCAACUCACCACUGCACCGGUUCAAGAAGCCAGGCUCCAAGAAUUUCCAGAACAUAUUCCCACCCUCAGCUACCCUUCAUCUUUCCAACAUUCCAGCCAGCGUAACAGAGGAGGAACUUAAAAGUGCCUUUAGUAAUCACGGAACAGUUGUGUCUUUCAAGUUUUUCCCGAAGGAUCGGCGUAUGGCUUUGAUCCAAAUGGGUUCGGUGGAAGAGGCUACACACGCGCUCAUUGCGCAGCACAAUCACCAGCUGAGCGAGUCCAAUCACCUGAGGGUGUCUUUCUCCAAAACACAGAUGUCAUAGAAAAACACCCCUGUUUACUGAAUGGAAUAUACUCCAAGUCAAUGGUGCAAGUUUGGGAUUGUUUCAUUUUACUGCCUGGAAUGGGGGAUGAUUCAAGACGAUCUUUGAAAGUCAAGCGUUGCCACGUGAUUCUCCCACCCCUGUCAAAAGAGUGAAGCAUGCCCUAAACUGCAUAAUAGAUAUGUAUGAUAGUAUUCAUUUGGAGUAUACCAUGAUCACGGUAUAGGGGUUUUCUGUUGUCGAGGGACGGUAACAAUUUCAUCUUUCAUCUUCUGGACUCUCUGCUGAAGGAUCUUAAUGUUGUAACCAUGGAUACACAGAUUUUGUUUUUGUUUUGUAUUUUGUGUUCCUUUACGGUCCAAGGACCAAAAAACAAGAACAGUUGUUCGGGAAAAAUGUCAUAAACUGGGGGAUUUUACCUGAUGAAGAGGGCCAUUUUGUGCAUGUUUUAAUUAAACUUUUAUCAUUCAUAUUGAAAAAAAAAUGAAUAUAUCUGGAUUUUGUUUUUCUCUGAUUGGUAAGGGGAGAGGGUUUUGAGAAAAAAAAUACCUUCAUUUUGUGAUUUUGAUGUUAUUUACAGGAAACUGUAAGAAGAGAUAUUUUGCAUUCGAAAAAA